AUGGCUAGCUCCUAUAGUUUUGUUAACCUCUUAGCGAGCCAAGGGUCAGUUGAUCUAGAGUCGAACGACUCCCCUGUGUUUAGUACCCAAUCUCCGCAAGAGUCUACUGUGAAAAAAAGGAGAAAGUGGUCUGUGAAGGAGGAUUUAAUCCUCAUUGGGUCUUGGCUCAACACGAGCAAAGACUCAAUUGUCAGUAACGAGCAGAAAGGUGCUGCUUUUUGGAAGAGAAUUGUGAGUAACUACAACUCCAGUCCUCUUCUGCUCGGGACAGUGCCUAGAGAAAUAGGGCAAUGCAAGCAAAGAUGGGCUAGAAUCAAUGAUUUGGUCUGUAAGUUAUGUGGCUGCUACGACAUGGCACUGAGGGAGCAGAGAAGCGGGCAAAAUGAAAACGACGUCAUGAAGGCAGCCUUGGAUAUCUUCAACAGCGACCAGAACAUGAAGUUCACCUUAGAACACGCGUGGAGGGAGCUUAGGCAUGAUGUUAAGUGGUGCUCCACUUAUAUGGAGAAGGACAAGGAUAAGCAGAAGGCUCCUGAAGUGCAUGUGCCAGAGCCAGAAGAUAGACCAGUUGGUGUCAAGGCUGCUAAGGCCGCGGGUAAGAGGCAAAAAACUAGAAAAGAUGAGGAGUUCUCGCAGCUAGAAGGACUUAUGGAGAUGAAAAAGCAAAUCUCAAGGCAAAGUUUGUUGGAGAGGUUGCUUGCAAAGCCGGAGCCCCUCGAUGAGAUGGAAUCAGCUCUCAAAAAUAAACUGUUGUGGAGUACAAGAGACGAGGUCACGGGUUGUCAAGAGUACAAGAGAAGAGGUCAUGGGUUGUCUACUAGUUUCACGGAUUCAUGUAUGUUUUUCCUUGCGGAUGUGAACCAAGACAAGAGGUUCACGGGUGUUGUCUUUAUAUCUUCAAGUGUUGUCUUUAUAACUUAG